GUUGGUUUAUCGUUCGUAACCUUUGUUUUGGAUGAGAAACGGGUAGUAUUGUUCGGCAAGGUUGUAAAGAUCUAAUGAAGGAGCACGUAUCAUUAUAAAAUAAUUUGUUAUUCGCGUAUAAAACCUAUACCGUCAAGUUUAGCGGCCAUUUAAAUACUUUGUGUCGAUGUAAACAGCCACUCCUGAUUAGACCCCGAAGAGAUGGAACUUAUGUAUCGCCAUUAAGACUUAUUCGACAAAAACGGAGGUAUAAGGACAUUAACGUGUGAAAAACAGUUGUUCGACCCUUGUGUCCAAUAGCAAUCGCGAAAAGAACACUGACGUGUCCACCAAGAACAGCUGUUCGACCUUCGUGCCCAUUAACAAUCGAGAAAAAUCCAAGAUGGCGGCGCCCAUGGGAAAAGGGUUUGAGGCGUUUUCACGAUUUUUAAAGAAUGAGCAUGUUAGAUACGGUAGUGCAUUUUUAAGUUUUAUGUUUUUGGGGUGGGUAGGACUUCGAGAGUUCGCUCAAGUUCGCUAUGAUGUUCACAGACGCGGUCGGAAUAUGGAAUUUGAAGAAGAGGCGAAAAAGUUCGGGCUAAAACGACGGCAGGUAAAAUCCGUCGAGGAUGAAUACGAGGAGAUGAAAAACAAAGAUUUGGAUAAUUGGUUCAAUAUUAGAGGGCCCCGGCCGGACGAAAACUCAAAAGAAAUGCAAGAGGAGCAACGAAGAAAGAUUUUGGAGUCCCAAAAUGCUACUGUCUAAAACAAACACUUUCACGUUUUAUUUGCCACUGUGCUCGGCAAUUUAUUUCUUUUAAUAUUACUAUGUUCCAACAAUACGUUUGUAUAUGCUACCAUUUUCAUCAUCUUUACAGAAUCAUACACUGUUAAACAUUUUGUAAAUGUAUAUGUGGUUGUUGGUCAAAAAACUUUUAAAAAAUGGAAACAAAACCAGAAAAGUUCAUUCUUGUGACGGGAGCCACAAGUGGCAUCGGUCUUGCAUUCGUUAAAAGAUUGUCAAUGGAGUUCAAGCGAAUUUAUCAGCUUCAUAUCUGCAUUGCUUGCCGAAACAUGACAAAAGGAAAUGUUGUGAAAGAUGAGUUGGAGUUUCGACACAAGGGAGUGACGGUUGAUCUUGUUAAAAUGGAUGUGAGCAACGUCCAAUCUGUGAAAUGUGCAGCAGAGCAAAUAAGACAUCUUUACACCAGGCUUGACUAUGUAUACCUGAAUGCUGGCAUCUUACCUGUAUCGAAGUUCCAUGUUCGCUAUGCUUUGAAUACCAUGUUUUCCAAGGAUGUUCUUCAAAUGUUCAAGACUGGGUUAGGAAUGUUUACGACAACUGAUGAAACAACAAAGGAAGGAGUUAAAUCUAUAUUUGCUACUAAUGUUCUUGGUCAUUUUGUUCUGGUGAAUGAGUUAAUUCCGGUGUUAACCAGUCAAAGUGAGGACCACCAUGGUCAAGUCAUAUGGACUACAUCAUCGAAUGCAUCAAAAAAAUCGUUUAAACUUAACGAUGUCACAUGUCAACAGGGGUCUCAACCUUACAGUAGUUCCAAAUAUGCCAUGGAAGGUGUAAGCAUUGAAAUGAACAAGAGGCUUAACUCAUUGGGAAUCUACAGUCAUGUAUCUGAUCCUGGCACUGUCAAAACAAAUAUCACUAAAGGAGUUGUAGCAGAGUGGUUGUGGUAUUUUCUUAUACCUUUCAUGUGGAUGUUACGGCUGUUUUUGCCGAAUUUUACCAUCUACCCAUACAAUGCUUGUCAUUCAAUGGUGUGGCUGUUCCAACAAGACCCAGAAAAGUUAGAGGACCGGUGCCGCUACUGCAGUUACACCAAUGUAUUUAACACAAAUUACAUUCACACAGAAACACUGGCACCAUCCCGUUUUGAGUCGGAACUUAUUUAUGAUCAAGUUAAAAAAGUUUCCAAACGUGUUUGCUCAUAGCAGCACUUAUGACUACCCAGAUUAUUACAUUCUAUUCUUGUUAAUAUUUAUUGUGCUGCAGUGUCAUAAUUCAUAUUAAAAGUUCGUGUCAUUUCUGCAUGACAGGAAACUAUUAAUUUUUUGUGUCAGUCAAAUCAUAUGACAACGUACAUGCCAAAUCAUAUAGGCUGAUAAUGCAAUAGAUGUGUAGAAAUUGGUGUAUGUGUCAUGUACUGUGCAUAAGCAUAACACAUCACUGUUAUAUUGGUUUUGUAUGAUUAAUAUAAAAUAAGUGACAAAUUUUACUCACCGAA